GGGAGCAGGGCAGAGCCGCAGGAGAUGGCGUCUCAGCCGCCCCCUCCGCCUAAGCCCUGGGAGACCAGGAGGAUCCCCGGGGCUGGAACAGGACCGGGGCCUGGCCCCUCCUUCCAAUCUGCUGAUUUGGGUCCUACUUUAUUGACAAGGCCUGGGCAACCAACACUUACAAGAGUACCCCCACCAAUUCUUCCAAGACCAUCUCAGCAGACAGGAAACAGCAAUCUGAACACUUUCAGACCUGCUUAUACUUCCUUUUCUUCUGCUUAUGGUGCAUAUGGAAAUUCCUUUUAUGGAAGCUACAAUCCUUACAGUUAUGGAUAUGGUGGGUUAGGGUAUAAUCGGUUCCGUAUGGAUGAUCUUCCUCCUAGCAGAUUUGUGCAGCAAGCUGAAGAAAGCAGCAGAGGUGCAUUUCAAUCCAUCGAAAGUAUUGUGCAUGCAUUUGCUUCUGUCAGUAUGAUGAUGGAUGCUACCUUUUCAGCUGUCUAUAACAGUUUCAGAGCCGUUUUGGAUGUAGCCAAUCAUUUUUCCCGAUUGAAAAUACAUUUCACAAAAGUAUUUUCAGCUUUUGCAUUAGUUAGGACUAUACGGUAUCUGUAUAGACGAUUACAGCAGAUGAUGGGUUUAAGAAGGGGCUCUGAGAAUGAGGAUUUGUGGGCAGAAAGUGAAGGUACUGUGGCUUGCCUUGGCCCAGAAGACAGAGCAGCUAACUCUGCAAAAUCUUGGCCAAUAUUCUUGUUCUUUGCUGUUAUCCUUGGGGGUCCUUAUCUUAUCUGGAAACUGCUAUCCACUCACAGUGAGGAAAUAACAGCUACUACCAAUUGGGCGAGUGGUGAAGAUGACCAUGUUGUAGCUAGAGCAGAAUAUGAUUUUGCUGCUGUAUCUGAAGAAGAAAUUUCUUUCCGGGCUGGUGAUAUGCUAAACUUGGCACCCAAAGAACAACAGCCCAAAGUCCGUGGCUGGCUUCUUGCUAGCAUUGAUGGUCAAACAACAGGACUUGUGCCAGCUAAUUAUGUCAAAAUUCUUGGUAAAAGAAGAGGUAGGAAAACAGUGGAAUUGAAUAAGAUUACCGAGCAGCAACGAGCUUUUACCAACCCAGCACUAAUUAAUGGAACUACUGCUACUGACACAUUGGAGGAGCAGGAAGCUGCCUUUGAAUCUGUUUUUGUUGAAAAUAAUAAGGUUCCAGUUACAUCUGACUCCACUAGCAAAAGUGGAGAUAAACAAGAUCUUUGAUAUCCUACGUAUUUACUUACAAUCGAACUGUUUUCAAAAAAUAAGUUUUUUAUAUUUCUUUAAAAGAAAUAGCCCACAAUCUAAUACAAACAUUUAUUUUGGCUAUCCUAGGAGUUCUGCUGCUAGAAAAUAUUUAAGUUGUACUUUAGUAAACUGGUUCAGAACAUGACCUGGUUGCAUUCUACAAGAUACUGGAGUAGGAAGUUUUCUAGGUCCUGAAUUAAGACUGGCUGUUCUCAUCAAAUGCCCCAUUGUUUUUUGAAAGAGUUAUUUUGAUGAGCUAUGGAAUAUAUUAUUUAUUGGAAUGUAGAACUUGAUUAAAACUUCUAAACAGAUUGUCUCAGAAUCCUCAGAAAUUAGGAGAUAAUAUAAAAAUGUGAGAACUAGGCAAAAAACGAUUUGUUGUUUUUUAAGGACUCUAAGGACUCAAAAGUGGUUUAAGGGCAGGUAGACAGAGAUGUGUCCUGUAAGUAAUAACUCCUGAAUAAUAAGAAUUGUUUGACCUUAUUGCAGCCCAGGUCUGCAUCUUUAGCUUUUGAGUAUAUUUUUCCACCUUUUCUGGAUAAUUUCCCAUUUAUCCUUUUUUUUUUUUUAAUAUCUUGAAAAGUUCACUAGAAAAACUGUGAAUAAAACUACUUCCUAGGAUGAUAUUAAAGACCACACACAGCACCUAAUUUUCACCCAUGCAUUUUUUAAAACUCCAGAAUAUGUCUCUCUUUGUGCUACAUCUUUUGAGUUCUUAAAAACAUGGCCACUUUUUGUAAAAAGAGAGUCAACAUAGUAUAGGUACUUUCCCCAAGAAAGCCUGAACAUAAAAGCUCUUUCAGACUGAGUAAAAUGAUUCAUUUAGUUCUUUAAAUGCAGAUGUUCAAUUUUUUCAUUAAAACCCUAUUUCUAUCUUAAUUGUGAUUGGUUUUUUUUAAAUUUCACGAGCAGAUAAUCCUGCAAAGAUAUUUAAAAUGCCAUAGGUUGUUUCCUUUAGACUUAGGAUUUUCAGUUAACACCAUUCUAUUAAGUAACCUACUUUGAAUUCUUUGUUUAAAUAAUUUCAAAUGCACUAAAAUUCAGGGUGCUUAAAU